AUGGACAUCGCUUAUGAGAGCUUCGCCGACUCGGAACCUUUCAAAUUCCUCGUUGGCCCAGCCGCAAAACCCUUCUACCUUCAUGCCAAACUCGCCACCCGGCUUUCCAGCUUUAUGGCCGCUCUGGUCGAAGGUGGUAUGGCGGAGGCAAAGAGACGUUAUGCAGUGUUUGAGGACAUCGAUGAGGACACCUUUGUUCGAGUCAUCCAAUUCGCAUACACUGGUGACUACGCUGCCGCCGAGCCGGGUAUCGUUUCUCCCGAACUAGACACCCCCGUCGAAGAUUCUUCCAAUCACCUGGACUAUGCAGCACCAGCUCCUGCUGUGGAUGAAUACCUAGAGGUACCUUCUGAGCCAGCGGUAUCCCCUGGAGCAGAUGAACCUGAAGAGCCAUCCGAAUACCCAUAUAGCUGGGUGCCCCAAAGCAAGCGGUCCAAGAAGAACAAAUCAAGGUCCAAGGGUGAGCAGGUAUGGGAUUCUUUUAAGAGUGAAGCAUACAUGAAGGAAACAAAGCCGUGGCAGCCGGAAGUCAAUGAAGAUUCCUGCCAGGACUACACACCGGUCUUCCUGUGUUACGCCAAACUCUAUGUCUUCUCUGACAAGUAUGGCAUUGAGCCGCUCCAGGAACUUGUGCUACAAAAGCUCCGGCUCACUUUGUCAAGGUUCAAACUGCAUCCACAGCGGGUCGACGAUGUUGUCGAACUGCUGAAGUACACCUAUGCAAAUACGGUGUCAUGCGAUGCGCAAAUUGACAAACUGCGCAAUCUCGUCUCUGACUACCUAGUGUGCCACAUAGAGAAGAUUGUCAACCACCUGGAGUUCACCAACUUGCUUGGGAAAGAAGGAGACGUGGCAAAGGACCUUCUGCCCAAGCUGGUGGAACGACGGUUAGAUUGA